AUGUUUUCUUGGGCCAGUGCUACUCUUUUCAUCGCGCUCGCGGCCUCGCCGACGUUCGCGGCGCCAUCGCUGCGUUCUGCGAAGGGUUUCCAGCCUCCGACGACAAAGACAGGCUGUUACGUCUCUGCAUCGGUCCUCCCGGAGCUGUUGCCCGCGAACCAGACCGCUCUCGUUGCGCCUACCUCCGCGCCCAACUUCGUGGCACUUGGGGUCGGCGUACAGAACUACACAUGUUCCUCUACCGGCACGUUCACUAACAUCGGUGCGGUCGCCGAGCUCUUCGACAUAUCUUGCAUCGCUAGCAAGCCCAUUCAAACCGAGGAGUUCAAGAAAUGGUCUGCCACGUCUCAGACGGUCCAGGAGUUGAUCGAAGAGACCGGGAAGCAACCCUUCGUGCUUGGGCAACACUUCUUCAUCGCGAAUCCGACCCCCGGCGGCGCGAACGUUCCCAAGUUUGACUUCACGUCCAACAGGUUCUCGGACAAUGCGAAUGCGUUUGCAGUCAUGAGUAAGGUCGGGGACAUCCUUGCGCCCACAGGCUCGAACGACAUCGACUGGCUGGAGCUCAACAAGACGAGUGGGGCGCUCGCGAACCAGAUCUUCCGCGUCACUACGGUCGAAGGCACCGACGGGGCUGCUUGCACAUCCGGAGAGACCGCGAGCGUGAAGUACAUCGCCAAGUACUUCUUUUACUAG